UAACGGGCGUCGCGAGGCGGCGGGAGCUGAGCGCCGGCGGGGCCGCUGCCACUGUCACUGUCGCGACAUGAGCAAGAGACAAGGAACCGGGGCUGCGAAUGGGAAGGACAAGACGUCUGGUGAGAAUGAUGGGCAAAAGAAGGUCCAGGAGGAGUUUGACAUAGACAUGGACGCGCCAGAGACAGAGCGGGCGGCCGUGGCAAUACAGUCCCAGUUCAGAAAAUUCCAGAAGAAAAAAGCGGGGUCCCAGUCCUAGUAGCUACCUCACAGCUCAAAACAAAGUAAUCCUGAGAUGAUUUAUCCAGAAGAUCAGAAAUAACACAAAGAUGCAUGUACAGAAAUUAUCAAUAUUUAAAACCCCAUUGGCAGAUAACAACCCAUGAGCUUGUGUGCGACUUCAUCCCAGAUGUUUCACACCCAUUACCCUCUGUAACUCACCAUUUUACUUGAUGUUGUAAUAAAAAGUUAGGGUGAAGUAAUUAAAGUGUCUGCCUUCAUCUGUCUUUCCAUAUUAAUCCAGCAAGUGCAGCGUUACAAAUGAACCCAGCCCAGAUGCCUGUUUCCCUCUCCACCUAAAGCUCAGAGUCAUAACAGCACCGUAUGUCGCAGGGAUUUUUGCUGAGGGAUCAGAUAGAUGCAUCCCAGCCCUGCUUCCCUCAUUUGGAGAAUUCCAGCUGCCAGCAAAAUGUGAAAAUAAAAUGACUUGUAAUGAGCUGAACGUAAAAACAACAACAAAAAGAAAGUUGCAGACAGAAGCUGGCAUGAUGGGUGUAGGAAGCAGGGAGCAGUUUAUUUUUGUCUUGCAAGUGUGUCAAUAAAGUGGUUUGAGUGGGGAAAUUGUGCCUGUCCUUCCUCUUUGCAUGAUAACAUUCAGAGAUCUUGGACCUCAUUGACUGUUAUGGAAAGAAAAUAAUAAACCAGACACAAAAUACC